AUGCAUCAGCUAUCUUAUGAUGAAGAGGAAUCAUUUCCAGUUGGAGCUAAAAUCGUUCGUAGAAGUUUCUAUGUGGACGAUCUAAUCUCUGGUGGCGAUUCAGUUGAAGAGGUGAAAGAAAUUCGUCAUCAGGCUUCCGUCGAGAUGCACGGAUUCUGUGAUGCUAGCACAACAGCUUACGGCGCGGCCAAUGGCAACGCUGAAGCACAUCUACUCUGCGCCAAGUCUAGAGUAGCUCCCUUAAAAGCUUUAACAAUACCAAGAUUAGAACUUUCAGCAGCGUGUUUAUUGGCUGAGCUUAUCUUAAACGUUAAGGAAUCCAUAGGUUUUGAUUGCAGCUUUCACUGCUGGUCGUUCUCGUCUAUUGUGUUGGCUUGGAUUCGGCAGCCUCCGAGGGAGUUUAACGUAUUUGUGUCUAAUAGAAUCGCGAAAAUCCAGGAAAUGACGAAAGGAAUGGCUUGGCAUCAUGUUCCAACAGACUUGAAUCCGGCGGAUGUGGUAUCGCGCGGAUGUACCUCCCAAGAAUUGCAGGAGCACUCCCUUUGGGCAAAUGGACCUCCAUUUCUACUGAAAGAAGCGUCGAACUGGCCCUCCCUAUUAGAUGCAGUAAAGAACCUUCCGGAACGGCGUUCCACGGCGCUAAUUGGAACCGUUGGCACUGACAUAUUUAUCAACUGCAAGAUUUUCAACUCAUUCGACAAGUUGCAGCGUGUUUUUGCGUACAUUUAUCGAUUCAUUUCAAAUUGCAGCGCCAAAUCAUUACCUUCAACCAUCUAUCUGACCGUUGACGAGAUCAGCUUCGGAACCGUUCUGCUUCUAAGGAGCAUUCAACAGGUUCACAUAGCGGUGGAGUAUGAAGUUCUUAGCCAAGGCAAGCCUUGUCCUCCGAAGAGCAAGUUGAUUUCUCUGAUGCCAAUACUUAGCUCUGAGGGUUUACUUCGUGUUGGUGGAAGGCUUCAAAAUGCGAGCUUGGACUACGAGGCUAAGCAUCCGAUAUUGUUACCCAAGGAUCAUCCGGUCACCAGGGCGAUUAUCUUCUAUUAUCAUGAAAAAUAA